AUGCCAUCAUCAAACAUACCAGAUGAGAGAAAUAAACAAAUUCAUUAUUCCAGUGUUGUGAAAUUCCAGGAGAAGAAAUGGGUGAAGGAUAUUCAUAGGAUGACACAAUAUUGCUGCACAAUAAAGAAAGUUAAAUAUCCUCAAAGAGUUAUUUCUGCUGACAGGGUGGUUCCCAAUGACAGCAAAGAUUCCUUGAAAGGUGAAUUUAUUCUUCCAUGUAUGCUUAAAUAA